AAAUUUUAUAACGAAACGACAAAGUUGAAAAUCAUUCUGCAAAAAAUGAAAUCACAAAUUUUUGGAUGUUUAAUAAUUAUUUUGGCUUAUUCCAAUUUCGUGCUUCGUGAUGUCGAUGCUGGAGGUGAAACAUUUUUGUCAUGUCCUGACAUGUCAAGUUUCUUCAACAUGUCAAUGAAUGCCUACAAUUCAACAAUUCAAACCUACGCUCAGGAAUUAAUAAAUAUUUUGGAAACUCAUGCCAGUGUCAAUGCAUCACAGCCAUCAUUUGACUUCAACAGCUAUGCCAAUGCAGUUUUCUUCACAUAUCAAAAUAAAAUCAGCACAGCAACUUAUAUGUUCUUUGACGCGUUAUCUGCUUUUGUUGGCAGUGGAGUCUCGUCUGAUGAUUUAGCUAAUAUAAUCUUUGGGGAUACUCUUCCUGAUUAUCCACUUAAUUGUGUCCUGAAUAUUCAUGAUCCAUUCUAUGCAUAUGCUAAUUUAGACACAAGCUUGAAUGACUUGUUGGCAAGCAUAAUUAGUGCUCAUAAAGUUUAA